AUGCUAGCAUGCACUAACAACAUCUUCCAUGGCCCUGCCACAUUCCACCGCCAAUCCCAGCCUUCUAAAUUCCUACUCUCCAAGCCUCUUCUCUUCCCUCGCCUCCCUCGCGUAGUCAAUUUCGGGAAAUUAAAGUUCAAUUCGCUCUUUUCCGUUAAGAAUAGCUUCCGCCGUUUCGACGUCAAAUCUUCCGUCAAUUCAUCAUCAGAAGUUUUGUAG